AUGAGUGAGCAAGGUCGGUGAGCUGUUUAGACGCACAUUAAUAGUCCACGAAAAUAUUGAUCGUUUUGACCUCAGAUUAUGUCGUUCGGCACGGUUUUAAGUGUAACUUCCAGAAAAUAUCAUUUAACGAACUCACGCCAGUUAUUUUGAUAAAAUCAUUAAAAAACCAUGAAGUACUUCAUGGCUUCCUAUGAUGUCACGUGACGUCAUAGGAAGCGAAAUACAAAAUUUAACAUAAUCAGUUUAUGUGAGGUGUACUCCGGUUGGGAAGGUUGUGUGUACUGCAUGAAAGGAAUUUACAAACUGACCUACUUCGAAAUUGAAUAGGACCCGACUUAUCUAUUUUUAAUGAUAGACAAUUCAGUAGAAAACUCGGUUUCACACAGUUGUGUGAAACUGAGCUCUGGUCCACGGAAGAGAACUUGAAUUCCAGGAGUAAUUAAUAAACUCAUGUGAUUUGAAUUUUUUACAUUACUUGAAUAGAAAUCGCGAGAGCAGUUUUUGUUGCAAUAAACUUGUAUUUAUACAUGAGGUCUAGACCCUGCAAGCACCUGGCACCGUUAUAGGUUCGGCUGAGAGAGGGCUGGGUGGCCGGAGCUCUGGCUUAUUUGAAGCACUUUGAAGCGUGUUUGCGUCGACAGUUAUGUCUCCCAAUUUAUCAAAAGCAGCUUGUAAAUAAGGGAAAAAAGAUCUUAUUCGAAUAAGAUCAAAAGUCGAAUAAUACUGUUUAGCGUUCAAAAUAGAAGGCUUAAUAAACCAGACUGCAAAGCGAUAUUCGCCCAUAACAUGAUAUAUUUAGCCGCAGUAGUCUCUCAGAAGGCUUCGCGCCCAUGCAGGAUGAGUCGACUUUAACUUGAAAUCGACCCACUUUUUCAAGUGCGUUUACUUGACAACGAUCACUACGUACAACUUGCUAAUUACCAACUACCUGACUUUCAAUGUGAAUUUUAUAAAAAUAUUUUUUACUUUUAAAACCCUCUGGACUUGCUGAUGCCCUGUUUUUUUCGCUUCAGCUGAGUUGUUUCUGUAAAAAACUACCUCUUCUUAGAAGAUAAUCAAAUUAAACGCAUUUUCAAACGUGCCAAUAUCCGUUUCUUAUGCAUUAACUCUUUGCCUGCACAACGCCGGCAUCUUUAUCUGAUGCUGUAGAUAUUUCAUUAUGUUUGCCAAAACCAACAUCCUUAAUUCUAUGUCUUCCAAGUUUGCAGAACAUUUCCUCCGGUGCCCAUUCUGUUGGGCGUGUAGGAUAAGUUUACUUGAAAAUCAUCAGUUCUUAAUAAUGUAGGUCAGUUGGGGAUCUAACUUAAGAAACCGGGUAAAAUUAUUAUUAACCUUUGUUAUGUCUUUCGGAUACAAAUACGUUUACGAUAAUAACACGAAGUUCUACUUAAGUGCAAACUAGUUCAACCGUAUUUUUUCGUUUACGCAACUAACUAGACUAGCAAAAAUCCCCAACGAUUGGUCCGUUUGUAACAUAAAUUUAAAUAAACGCACGCUGAUAUCAGUUACAGCUUCAGUUCGACACUAGGAAGAACUUUUAACGAAAACAGUUACAGUGUGAUUUUGCAGGAGUUCCUAAAGGUCUGAUCUUAUGAACUUUAAAUGCCGGGUCCGGCGCAUAGGUAAACAUGGCGAAAUCGCUAAUCAAAAGAUCUUUCUUUUUUCUGUUUUAGUAAAUGUCAUGUAGAAAACCAGUUUAACCGUUCGAACGCUCUAGAAAUAUAUUAUCAUUCUCUAAACAUAUUCAGAUACCAGUCAAAAAUAGGAUUAUCAGGGGUCAAAUAAGACUGUGUAAUAUCAUGCUGGCUCCCUUCUGCACCCAAUGCUGGCCCUUUAAAUCAGUCUCGAACGCAACUAUUCAAUUGGGGCUGGUGCAAACAAGCCAACUCUAUUUUAAUGCUCCUCAUAUUUUUAGAAGCAGGCCUGCAGAAUCUUACCAUGUCUGUGGUUUUUGUGAUUGAAACUUAGACUCACCAGUGGUAGUUGAUGGCAAUUUCACCCUCAGAAAAGACCCUUAAAAGGGCCCUUUGGAGUUGUGAUUUCUUAACUGACUCUCAUUUAACUUUCCCAACUUGAUCUCCCGGAUAUGGAGCCUAAUCAUUCCCAAAACCAGCGACCAGAUCCUCUUCGUACUUACCGAAUUUAAACAAGUAAUGUACAUUUCCGGUAAUGUAUAGUUAAUAAGCGAAGAUUGCUGGGAGUUCUAUGCUUAUUUUACCAAAUCGUCAACUUCACUCAUGAAGACGACAUUUCUGACCACGGACUGCAGAAUUUCAUUCAUGAAUACCAGAAUGCUAUCACACAAACCUGUCUAUAUGCGACCUACAUUUGGUGUUAUUGGCGAUUGAAGUGAAGGUAUUCGUCAGUGCUCAGUACAUUGUAUAUGAGAAGCCUCUGUUAUUGCCCUUCAGCGGAGUUCAGUUGUUUAUAUAUUAGAUAUAUAAACAAAGUACGAAGUCCCAUCUCGCGGAGCUUAAUGUCCGUGUGGCCCCGUAGGCACAGGCGAAACAACCAGAGAAUAACAAUAUGACUGCGUCAAAUCGACGUUAAACAUGUACAGACUUCCCGUCUUGACAUCCAACGCGUAAGCACACUCCUAUCCCCUAGGCAGUUUUUCAAGUGAAAAGGCUGAUAGUUGAGGCAAGACAAGCCAAUAUACGGCCGCUGUCCUUAAUGUGAUUGGGGUCUUAUAGCUGCACACUACACUAGGUACCCUUGACCUCCUUACCGUAUCAUAAGAAACCGCCUAAAUUAAUAUGCAGGAAGGUCUUAUUGGACCACAACAAUGGACAGCCUACUAGGAUCUGCCAUUGCAAUUAUUACAAAUCCGUCUCUCAACCCUAGCCGAUCAUCUAUUAUGCAAUUAGUACUUCUGCCCGACUACUCUCAUCUAAGUAAUGUUAACAGGCUGUCUAUAACGUUCGAAAAUAAGACUUUUGAACGCUAUACGCUACGUUUUUUGACCUUAAGCGUUUGCCAUGUCUUCAUGUCUCCUACUUAGCAUAGGAGUUUCAGAAAAGGUCUCAAAUGAGGCAGUUGAAAUUUCUCCCUCCCACGCUGCAGCAGACGCAAAAAGCCUACUAGAUUGAUGGCGUAGAUGGUGUGUGAAUUUCUAAAGAUUUAGUGGGGCCAAAAAGUUAUAUAAGUCAUACCUGAGCAUACGUAUUACUCAGACGUGCUUUAACAUCGUAGUUACCUUCGGGUGGCGUAUCGAACCCCGCAUGCGAGUCAAUUUGCAAUAUCUUUAUUCUUUUUGGAGCGCAAGCCCGCCCAAGCCAAUAUUGGUCGGCAAAGAGGUGGAAAGAGUCUUCCCUAUUUUCUACAUUUCAGUGUCAUCUUGGCUCUUUUAAAUCAGCAAGAAUUACUUGCAACGGAUUCGUCGUCCUUCCAGAUUUUCUAUCUUCACAUCUCAGUAUUCUAUCUCCCAGCUUCCACAUUUUAUUUUUGUUUCACAUGUCAGCACUCAUGUCGCAUCUUGGCUGAGUGUUCUUCCUCCUCUGAUUAGCAUACCUUCGCAAGCCCCAGCUUAAGACAGUAAAAUAUGCGGGAGACUUUGGUUCCAGGAUAAAUCUCGCGCUUUACCUCUAUCUAUUUUAAUGACCGAGGCCUGCGUAGAUCCCAUUCACACGCACAAUUUUUAAGGUUCUCUGUACGAUAGUUAGUUUUAAUGUGUUGCUCAUUGGAAAAAUCCGCUUAACUUUUCUUGUUUGAACUUAACGUUUUGCGGUAUUCUUGGUACUCUGCCGCUUUGGUGAGCGGUGUCUUAUUUUUGUUUUUUGAUGACGAUUCCCAAGCCUCGUCUAAUUUUCCUCAAGCUCAGAAACAUCUGCGUCUAUGCGCCUAUCGGCAGAGUAGUGGGCGAUUCCUGCACCACGAAGCUCUCUUUGUCAAUCACCGUAUUUUAAUUACCUAAAUUAAUCAAGUAAUUAAAUAAAUUAAUUAAAUCUGCACAGGUUCCUUACCAAAUAGGGCUAGCCAAUUGGUGUUAUAGGUAUAGAAAUGGGAGUGUUUUGUCUGACCCACUUCUGGCAGAUGUAAAUUACUCUGCUCACUUGCUUGAGCCCACAAGGUUGUCAGAGAAUUUUCAUAUGAAUUUUCUUUGGAAAAGCCGCAUAGUCUAGGGUUUGUACUGACCCAAUUAUUGACUACGUCAUCAUGUUCGAUAAGAACGGUUAACGCGCAUCCAGCUCAGCCCUGAGAAAGCGAGCUUUUGAUUGGUGGCCUCGAGGGUAGUUUGUCAUAGCACAUUUUUUACUACAGGCAAAGCAGUAUGUGAAAACUGGGCUGGAUAACUUUCUAAGUGUGCCGCAAUCUUAACAGCAUUACGAUUGUCUCCUCAAACUGAAGCCAACUUUUAGAAUUAAAAUUUUGCGAGAAUGAACCGCGACUUCCACUUCUAACUUGUUAGUCGUCAUUAGCAUGCCAUACCCACACCCACGCUUGUAACACCUCGGAUUCUAACCCGUGAGCUUCGGCUACUGAGUCAAACGCCUUGUCGCUUGAGUCAGGGGCUCUUUGCCCUGUUGGUCGCAAUCGCGACUGCUGCUUAUGUCGGAAGUGCGCUCACCGAUUGGGCUACAGACCAGCUCGUUCCCUUAUGAUUUUUGGUCUGGCCUAGAGCCUUGUAGGGAGUCACGCAGCGAGUGGAAGUACGAACGGAAUUACCUUACCGGCAUAGACGGGGGAGACUAAACUGGUCGGUAGGAUGUGCUUAUGUAGCCCCACCUGAUGGACACAAUACUGCCGGGGUUAGGGGCAGGAAUUAGGGUUAGAGUUAGGGGUUUGGGGUUGGGGUUAGGGACUAGGGCAGCUAUUUCUAAACCGCUCAAAGUACAACCGUGCAUUCCAAAUAGUUUUCUUCUAAAUAAAACUACUUGACCUCGUCGCCUGUGCGUUCCCGGCUCCACCUGUAAAAACCAUAUUACCACCGGUCCUGUAUUACAGGUGACUGGAGUUUUUAUUACUUAGGAUGGGGCUACAUAACCACAUCUAACUGACUGGUAUUUUCUGGCUUAUUAGCCGUCGUCAGCCAGCCACACCCAACCCAGAAUUUGGAACACACGGGAUUCGAACCGGGUUUUGUAUCCCGCCCUAGUUGGACCACUGCGCGCUUUUUUUACAGCAGCCUAGGUGCCCAUUUCGUUAAUAGAAGUGCACAAUCUUCCAGGCAUCGGUAAUUCGUGGUUGCUGCUCAUUUAAGGAAAUUGUUAAGCCACGCCCAGAGGCGAAUUUUGAGUGCCUAAAUGUUGGAUUUUUUCGCAGCCCCACUUGAGUUUCGAGCACAUACUGCGGUGGCAGAACUGUCUGUUCCGUCACAUUUGUCUCAUUCGUUAUAAUCACAUGUGUGUACUAUUGUCCGUCUCCAGGUUCGUUACCUAGGCAACUCGCUGACAGUGUAGACAUACUGACAAAAGCCGCACCAUUAUCGAUUCACAUGGCAAGUAUACGACACUGCAGUUUGACGAUCUGGUGAAAGUAUAGCUCACACAUGCCGAUGCGCGCGCGAGUACUGGGUGUUCGCACGCACGCUUGCGAUAUAUCGUGUGGGCGGUCUCAUGGAAUGCAGUGUAAUGUGAUUGAUUCGGCUUCCAGGUGUGCAGUUGUGUCUAUCAUCGCCAGGGCGUCGGAAAGCAUCGCAUCGGCGGCGUCGUCGCCAUCAUAAUCUGUGCGUGAAUGUUAGCAGGUGCUCGACUCGGCGUCAGACUCCUCUGCCUUUCAUUAGCCUCUAUCAACCCUCUUUCCAAUAAGGUGUCAGGUUUCGACUCUAAUGGCUGUUAACUUGUAGGGUUAAUUUCGGUUAAAGUGAGUGCUGGCAUCCUGAUGACGACAGCUUCAGAUGCAGAAAGAUACGGCAACCAGUUAACUGCAGUACUUUUACCUAGUCUUCAGAGGUGUUUUGGUAGAUUUCGAAUAAGUCACUUUGACCCAGAUGGGACUACACUCGCGUCGUUCGGUGGGACUUCGUAGCUCACAUGGUAAGAGCGUUGGCUGCACUAAAGCCUCCCCUUGCUGUCGUUGGUUCGAAUCACACCGAGGCACCGAGUUUUUCACGGUCGGGUCAGGUUGAAUAACCUGUUCUUCUCAAAAAUGUCUACUUACAUGCUACUUAGAACAACGGAAUUUUCAACGUCGCCCUGGACCCAUAUAACGCGUCUGUAUCUGUUAAAUGCGCUUAAUGGAGGUUCCAUGAGCCCUCUGAAUUAUAUGGCCUCCAAACAGGACAUACAGCAUGUGGGAUAACUCAGGAAAUCUCAACAGGAAUGCCUAAAUGUGCUUCCGUUUCGAAAAGAUUAAUUAAGUAGGGUUGUAAACCUAGUUAGCCUGCAACGUAACUUUAUAAUAUUUCAGUCAUCUCAGUAAUGCCGGCUUUCGAAAGAACUUCCUUCCCGAUGCAUGCAAAAGCUACACUGUGUAAAAAAUGACUACUUAUGUAGCAUGCAUUUGUCUCAUUGAUUUUCGAUGCCCCUAAAGAUACAAUUAUCUUUCAUGGAAAACAUGCACAAAAAUGUUCAUUCUUUUGUGCAUUCGGUAGGAACUUUAGAUCUUCUUCCAAUUUUAUACUCGAAUAAAGUGUAUAAUUCGGUUUUCAGAAACGCUUCCAAUUCCCGAAUAAUUACGAAUCUGCUCUACCGCGACACUUGGAUUCAGGGUUACCAAACUACAAGCCGUAUAUUUUCCGCGUACGGAAGAGCGUACAUUUCUCUACGGUACUAAAGGGGAGCCAUAUAGGGUUCAUUAAAUUAAGCAUUGGGUUUGAUCCAUAUUGUUAACUUUAUAAGCCACAUUGGUAAAUGCAAAGACAUGACGAUUUAUGAACGGCCAUUUCACGGUAUUCAAAAGUCCCACAAUUAGAAACUUCUUUAAAACCGAAUUUUCUCCCUCCUUCGCGUAUAAACCUAGAAGAAGACGUAAUUAUCUACCGAAUAAGCAAGAGAAUGAAUAUUUUUGUACGUGCUUUCCAGGAAAUAUAAUUGUAUUUUUAAGGGCAACGAAAAACAAUGAGAAAAAUUCAUGCUACUUAAGUAGUCAUUUUUUACAGAGCGUAGUCUUUGCAUGCAGCCGAAAGGAAGUUCUUUCGAAAACCGGCAUCCUGAGAUAACUGAAUGAUUAUAGAAUUAUGUGUGAGGCCGACUAGUUUUACAACCCUACUUAAUUAAUCUUUUCGAAACCGAAACGCAUUUAGGCAUUUCUGCUGACAUUUCAUAAGUUGGCCCACUUAAUGUGAGAGCAGUAACCUCUUACAAUAGGGAUGGCGCUGCGCUAACAUCCAAUAAAUUAAGAAUUGGGCUCGCGGUUAGGGUUAGGGCUAGGGUUAAGUUAAGGAAUAGGUUUAAGGCCAGAUAUAAAGUUGCCGGUAAGUUAAGUCAGGAUCAAUUUCAGGGUUGAUAUAGGCGCUAGUGUUGACUGCAGAGCAAAGGUUUAGGUUAGGCUUAGGGUCAAGAGUAGGGCAACGGUUUAUCUUUAAACUAGGGCUAUUUUUGAGGUGAGGACACGAGAAUAUUUUACUCAUCUUGGAAUUGUGCGCAGGUCUACAUGCAUUAUUUUGCGUGAGACCUUCCUAUCCACAUUGGCUGUUAAGGGGGCCCCCAAAACAGGGCAUAUGAUUAAUGUGCUGGGCGAACACGGGGGUCAUAUCGGAUUCUGGCAGGCGUCAUCGGAAUGCGCAUCAUGAUAAAUGCCAACAUCUUGGGGUGCGCCGGCAGACCCAGUUGCCGGCAGGCGUCACGCACACUAAGAUCCCUGCCGCAACCCAUUGUUGUUGCUGUUGGUCAAAACCCUGGUCAAGUGCUGUGUGCACCAGGGAAUGUGGAGUGGAACGCCAAGGUGCGGGCUCGACCGUGCCAUUCACCUGCGUCCUCAGCCCCUCCCUCUGGUUUUCUUGACUCUGUUUUGACACUGGGUCCAGGUGGGGGAGGAGGAGGAGGAGGGGGUGCGGUAGAUGCUGUGCAAGUCUACUAUCACUAUAAAUUUAUUCACGCGCAAGUCACCGUGCUUGCUCCACCUGACUGUAAUGCACACGGUGGACAUCGUCGGCAACGACGGCCGAACCGCCAUAAUUCAUUCCUACUGAAAUGAACUUACGAUAGAUGACUGUCUAAUGCGCUUACCUAAUGCCAGUCCAACCGUCGCGAACGACGAUGUCCUCUCGGUGCCCGAGAGAGCGGUAGGCGCGGCACCCGGUGACUUAUGUGCAAAUUAUUUUGGAAUGAGGCAACUUAUAGUACAUUCUCUCCCUCUCAUCCACCUGACUUCGAUCUGAUAUUGGCGCGGGCCCAAUGACUUACACAGCUAAAUUACCCGACUACUUGUGACACACACGACGUGGUCUCCGUAACACGUGCCAGUCCAGUCAGUAGUGAAAAAGGACCCAUUCAGCACGACUCCCUUCCCUCCAGCCAUUCAUCUUACGCGCGCAUGAGAUUUCGACCGUCGAGUUCGACGAUGUCCACCGGGUGCUCCGCAGCAAGGUGAGAGCAGGGACGAUGGCUUGCGCGUGAUUUUGUUUAUGGUGAAUGUAGACUUGCACAGCGUCUACCACACUCUCUCUCCCUCCCCCAACCUGGACCCGGUGUCAAGACAGAGUCAAGAAGACAGGAGACGCUGGAAGGGCGCAAGUGGAUGGCGCAGUCGAGCCCGCACCUUGGUGUUCCUCUGGUGUCAGUAGGCCUUCUGUCUAUGUAUGUGUGUGUUGACCUCAUUGACUGGAGGUCUGAGAGUCAGGCUGCAAUGUCUCCUUCUUAAUGUGGCCUUUAUGGCACUCCCAUCACAGUGUGGGAUCCGAGCCAGGCGUUGGCGGCAUGCCUAGUUGCGGCCUCGGUCGUGUCAACCUCCAAUCUGUGUCUUGGCGGUCAUAAUCCUGGUCAUUUGUUGUGUGGACCAGGGGUGCGGAAUUGAGCGCCAAGGUGAGGAUCCGUCCAAGCCAUCCGCCUGCGGCCUCCCUCGUCUCCGGUUUUCUUGACUCUGUCUUGACACCGGGCUAAGGCGGGGAAGGAGGAGGAGAGAGUGUGGUAGAUGCAGCGCAAGUCACCGUCCCUGCUCCCACCGCUGCUGCAGCUGUGGGGCAUACGGUGGACAUCGUCGGAUGCGACGGUCGAACUAUCGUGUGUGUGUGUGUGUGUUUGUUUGUUUGUUUAUUUGUUCGGCUGCUGCUGUUACCAGUCCCAGUGUGUGCAUGCGUUCGCGCUGAUGUGAGCGCCUAUGCUGUACUACCCUGUGUGUGAAGACACAUACGCACACAGCGUUGAUCACGAAUACCGAAUUAUCUAGUCAGUUAAAGAUCUUCCAAAGGAGGACUCUUUGUGCGUCGCGACGGAUUUAGGCGCGCCAGACUACUCACUGCUGUGGAUGCAUUCCGACAAAGAGGACGAAGACUGGAGUGGUCAUUUCUGGCUUGCUAACCGUCGCCAGCCACCCAUACCCAACCCCAUGUAUCACUGGAUUGCCCUAGCCUGUCAACCGCGCAACGACUGACGCGGCGUUAAUGCCUACGUUUAGACGUGCCACAACACCUCCCGUCUCGCGCAGACUCCCCACAGGCUGAUCAAAGCUUGCCGGGAGCUAAUCUCACUCCCGUUUUGGCCCAGCACAUUUGCAACGCAGCCCGUUGUGUGACCACCCCUAUCUGCUGGCAUGCAGAACUCAUACAAAGAACAGAAGCUCCAUAUGUGCCUUACGGGUAGUUCUUCGUGACUGAACUAAAAAUUUGCCUAUUUUACCAUUUCAGUUAUUGUUCCUCGGAAUUUCUACCUCUUGGAUGAGCUCGAAAAGGGCCAAAAGAGCUCAGCCGACUCGACUAUAAGCUGGGGCCUGGAAGACCCAGAUGAUGCUUCAUUCACUUCAUGGACUGGAAUGAUCGUUGGUCCGAAGGACACCAAAUUCAACCAGAGAGUAUACUUUCUUAGUAUCAAGUGUGGCGAAAAUUACCCGGAUGUCCGGCCGGAGGUCAAGUAAGUUAACACGCCUGAACUCAACGGAGUACAGCUUUUGCGAAUGGGUUUUCAUGGGCCGAUGACUUUGAGGCAUGAGGUUUUUCUUUAGCUGCGCGUUUGUGAGUGCAUUUCUUUGAAGGUAGUUUGACUUUCGAUGACUGUGUCGCUUAUUUUGUUUGAGCAUUUGAGCUCCAUUUUACUUCCUCGGCCGUUUUAUUCUGGGACGAGUCUUACAAACACUACAGUGGUGAAGCCUUGGAGUCCGACUACAUGCCUAACUCGAGUUGCACAUUUCAACUGACUAAGCUUAAACUUUGGGGGGGGGAUUAUAACCUUGCGUUAUUCCCUUUAUUCUCUGUAGCCACCAUGUGCUUGUGGGAAAUGAAAGGCUUGAUCCCUUUCUCUUUUUAGAUUUUCCUCGAAAAUCUCCAUGAAUUGCGUCCAACCAGAUGGCAAGGUAUGUCUAUUGCGUUUCGGUACUUACCAACUCUCAAUUCGAAGGAAAUUUAUAAAUGACUGGUGUACUGUCUGCCAUCCGCAACGCAACAUUGUCCUGCUUCACCUCAUCGCUAAGCCCCCCCCCCCCUCCUCCUCCGAUUUCGUCUGACUUAUCUGGCGCUCCUUGGCAGCCCAGCCGAGAGUUACGGGCACGUGGUCGGGAUAGAUGAGACUUUAACGAGCCCUUUGCCACACGGUGAUUCGUGCUGAAAAUAGGUGGAUUUAAGACAGCAGCCAAAGUCUUGAGCAGACAUCCUUACGAGCUAGCACGGACGAAGAUAAACACCAGUAAAGGGAGAAUUCUACUUUCCAUACAAUUGGUGGAAACCAGACUUUAAGCGAUCUGGCAGCCGGGCAUGAAGCGUGCGCGAGAAUAUAUCACCAUCAAGCUUAUAGAUGAUUGGCCGACUUGAGCGGUUGUGGUUGGUCGGCUUGCUCAUCUGUGAUUGGCCAAAAACGACAACUGAAUUAUGCAGAGCCGAUAGCAGCGGAUAGGCGAGUUCCAGAAUCCAGUUCACAUAAACAGAUGAGGUCGCUGGCAGGGGAAUUUUAUUGGAUUAGUGUUUCGGAAUCUCAAACUAACCCCUCAUCUGGGACACCCGCAGGCAGGUACCAGGUACAAGGACGAAAUGGUACAGCAGACGUCGUUGGUUGUGCCACUGCGAGAUGGUCUUAUGAAAUCGGCCUGAACCAAUGACGACAAAGGCAUGUGUUUUUCUACAAUACACAUCUAUACAGAUGCCGUCCUCCAACAAAUGCACUACGUUUAAUGGGCAAUCUUAGGAAUAAACUCCACCCAAUGAGAUCGCUCUGUCUGGAGAGAGAGAGAGAGAGAGAGAGAGAGAGAGAGAGAGAGAGAGAGAGAGAGAGAGAGAGAGAGAGAGAGAGAGAAAGAGAGAGAGAGAGAGAGAGAGAAUUGAAGUGGAAACGGAAGCCGUUUUUUGUUUAUGGGAAAGAUUUUUCAAUCUGACGACGUCAACAUUCCAACAGCGGCCGUCGGACUGGAGGGGACAGCUGGUCGCGAGGAAGAACACGGACAUUUUCGUCCUUUUGAGUUUGAUCAUUUUAAAGAAAGUAACGUGACACCGCAAGAAAAGGUCAUUUGUCAACAUGGCGAACAGCAGUUCUCGGAAACUCAAAGUCUGACCUAUAUCUAUUAUAUAAAUAUAUAUAUAUGUAUAUUUGAAGGGUUAUUUUUGGUUCAUCAUCCACCACCAGCCAGCCACACCUAACUCCAGAUUUGCAACCUUUUAGGCUCAAACCCGGAUUCGAUUGGCUAAAGAGUCCAGCGAACUAAUUACUGAGCCACAGGUCCGUAAUCCUUUCGGUUUCGAUCGGACAUAGUAAGUAUGGUAGAGGAUGCUCAACAAUCACAGUACGGGACCUACUCGCCUCGUCGUUUAUAAGGGCCGGAUCUAGAGUCCCGUAGACAGUCGCACGGAGAUUAAUAAUACACGCAGAAGGAGACUCCUUAUAAUUCGAUCGUCUUGGCCAAUGAUGCUUAUCGUGUGCUCCACAGCAAGACGAAGCAGGGACGGUGGCUUGGGCGUGAAUUAAUUUAUUGUGAUAGUAGACUUGCACAGCACCUACCGCACUCUCUCUUUCCCACUCUCCGCCUGGAUCCGGUGUCAGAACAGAAUCAAGAAGGCCGGAGACGGGGGAGGGCAGCGGUGACUGGCACGACCGACCCCGCACCCUGACGCUCCACUCCCCACCCCCUGGUCCAUCCAGCAAAUAACUAGGAUUUUAACCAACAACAACGAAAAUGGGGAACAGCGGUAGGGGUCCCAAUUUGAGCGACGUCUGCCAGCAACUGGGGCUGCCAUCUCACUCGAAAUGUUGGACUUUUUUAUAGUGCGCAUUACGAUAACGCUUGCCAGAAUCUGAUAUGACCCCCGUGUUGGUCCAACGACCUACCACGUGGCCCACUUCGGGAGAACUACAUGCGUACGUACAGACGGCUACAUUUGUCCAUGCUUCACUUAAACACACAACUUUUCGACCAGUGCAACACAGACCACUAGAUACACCCGCCUUCGAAUAGUGUAAUACCCACUUGGGCAUAAGACACAUUAACUUCCUCCCACAAAUCGUUAAGAGCGAUUGAUACCACAUUCUCGCUCUUUCUCUCAAGCAUGGCUUAACUCCCUGAGAACACGUCCUGGGUCACCAUUGACCACGAAGGCUGGAAGCGAUCCUGCUCAGACGUACCACCACUGCACGACUCUCCUCGUCGCCCACUUUUUCUUUACUAUUUCUCGCCCACAUAACAUCAGCCUGAUGUUCUUGCUUUACUGGUCAACCGGAGCAAGGCCUUCGGGCCUCUCUGUCUCGCGAUAUUCACAUAGUCCUGUUAGGGCUUCCUGCCAGCUGCUUGUACGAUCUGACUGAUUCAUGGCAGCCCAGUAAAAGCGCCUCUUCUGAGUUCUGAUUCUGGAAGGCAUCCCAUUAUUGGGCAGCGGUUGAUGUUGUACUACUGCAAAUCCAUAAGCUCUUAUAUAAGUAGGUACCCAACGUCAUUCAUUCGGCUAAAACCUCAACUCGCAAGCACCAAUUUAUGACAAGAAUUGACCCUUGCUGCUUGACUUAAGGCCUCCAUACUUUAUGAUCUCAUGCAUCAAAGUUGUCAUGUAGGUUGCUUUGUGUGCAAGUUUUGAAUGUGACGGUCGCGUGUUGAAUAACAGACAACUGUAGCGUAUUCUCAAUAAUUACCUAAUCCAUUUACAUGACGCAGGUGGACAGCUCCAAGGUUCCCGUCCUUCGAGAUUGGAAACGCGGCAUGUACAUACGUGACGUGCUCACCGCAUUGCAAAACCUCAUGUCCGAUCCCGCCAACGCAAAGUUGGAGCAACCGCCAGAGUAG